GGGUCAGUGCUCUAAAAUGAGUCUCUCUGGGGAGAGAGAGGAGGGGGGCCCUGCCUCUAAAAUUAGUCUCUCUGGGGAACAUGACACCAAAGCUAAGAGUCCAAUCAGGCAGGAGAGACCAGCCUCCCCUGUUCCCAGCUGUGUGUCUAUGAAGAGUGACUGGUCUAUGGAUCGUCCUAUAAUGUUUAGAAAGGGAGACUUUUCUACUGAACAAAGAAACCAACAGAAGAGAUCAGAGUCAGAGAUUCUCAGUGGUCAGUCUUCCCAGAGUCAUCAAACAGACCUGGCCUCCAUAUUCAGUUUGCUUGAAGAGAAAAUGAUGACAUUUGUGAAGAACGAGCUGAAGAUGUUCAAGAGGAUUCUUAGUCCAGAAUUCCCAGAAGGCUUUGGGAGUCAGAAGCAGGAUAAGGAAGUGGUGGACGCUGAAGAUGAGAAGCAGGAGAGCAGUGCCAGAGAGGGGGCUCUGAAGAUCACACUGCACAUCCUGAGGAAAAUGAACCAGAAGGAGCUUGCUGACACACUGGAGAAAUAUUCAGAUGAGCUUGCUGUGAUUUGCCAACGUGAACUCAAAUCUAAUCUAAAGAAGAAUUUUCAAUGUGUAUUUGAGGGGAUCGCUAAACAAGGAAACCCAACACUUCUCAAUAAGAUCUACACAGAGCUCUACAUCACAGAGGGUGGAACAGGAGAGGUCAAUAAUGAACAUGAGCUGAGACAGAUUGAGACAACAACCAGAAAACAAGCAAGACCAGAGACUGCAAUCAAAUGCAACGACAUCUUCAAACCCUUAACUGGACAAGACAAACUUAUCAGAACUGUGCUGACAAAGGGAGUCGCUGGCAUUGGAAAAACAGUCUCUGUGCAGAAGUUCAUUCUGGACUGGGCUGAAGGAAAAGCAAAUCAGGAUGUCCAAUUUGUAUUUUCAUUCCCUUUUCGGGAGCUGAAUUUGAUGAAAGGGGACAAACACACUUUCAUUGAACUUCUCAAUCACUUCUCAAUGGAAACCAAACAAUCAAGAAUCUUGACCUACGACAAGUACAAAGUUCUGUUAAUCUUUGAUGGUCUGGAUGAGUGCCGACUGCCCCUAGACUUCCAGAAGAACAAGAUCUGUUGGGACGUCACAGAGUCAACCUCAGUGGAUGUUCUGCUAACAAAUCUCAUCAAGGGAAAUCUGCUUCCCUCUGCUCUCCUCUGGAUAACUACCCGACCAGCAGCAGCCAAUAAGAUCCCUUCAGUGUGUGUUGACCAGGUGACAGAGGUACGAGGGUUCAAUGACCCACAGAAGGAGGAGUACUUCAGGAAGAGAUUCAGUGAUGAGGACCUGGCCAGCAGAAUCAUCUCACACAUAAAGACAUCAAGGAGCCUCCACAUCAUGUGCCACAUUCCAGUCUUCUGUUGGAUUUCUGCAACAGUCCUUGAACACAUGCUGAAACAUAAGAGAGAAGAGAUGCCCAAGACUCUGACUGAGAUGUACACACACCUUGUGGUGUUUCAUACCAAACAGAAGAAUGAAAAGUAUCUUGGGAAAGAAGAGACAGGUCCACACUGGAAUAAAGAGAGCAUUCUGUCACUGGGAAAACUGGCUUUUCAACAGCUUGUGAAGGGCAAUCUGAUUUUCUAUGAAGAAGACCUGAAAGAGGCUGGCAUUGAUGUCAAUGAAGCCUCAGUGUACUCAGGAUUGUGCACACAGCUCUUUAAAGAGGAAUGUGGGCUGUACCAGGACAAGGUGUACUGCUUUGUUCAUCUGAGCAUUCAGGAGUUUCUGGCUGCUGUAUAUGUGUUCCUCUCAUUCAUCAACAACAAUGAGCAUCUAAUGGACAAACUGCAAACAAAGUCCAGGAUCUUUUCUUUGCUCUUCAGAGACAAUGCUGAAGUUGCUUUCUACAGGAGUGCUGUGGAUAAAGCCUUACAAAGUGAGACGGGAAACCUGGACCUUUUCCUCCGCUUCCUUCUGGGCCUCUCACUGGAGUCCAAUCAGAAGCACUUACAAGGUCUAAUGACAAAGACAAGAAGCAGCUCACAGAGCCAUGAAGAAACAGUCAAGUACAUCAAGGAGAAGAUCGGGGAGGAUCUCUCUCCAGAGAGGAGCAUCAAUCUGUUCCACUGUCUGAAUGAACUGAAUGACCAUUCUCUAGUGGAGGAGAUCCAAAGCUACCUGAGAUCAGGAAGUCUCUCAAAACCCAACCUGUCACCUGCACAGUGGUCAGCUCUGGUCUUUGUGUUGCUGACUUCAGAAAAGGAGCUGGAUGUGUUUGACUUGAAGAAAUACUCCAGAUCAGAGGAAGGUCUUCUGAGGCUGCUGCCAGUGGUCAAAGCCUCCAGAGCUGUUCUGCUGUCAGGCUGUGGAGUCACAGAGAAAGGCUGUGCUUCUCUGGUCUCAGCUCUGGAGUCAAACCCCUCACACCUGAGAGAGCUGGAUCUGAGUAACAAUGACCUGAAGGAUUCAGGAGUGGAGCUGCUCUCUGCUGGACUGGGGAAUCCCCACUGUAAACUGGAGACUCUGAGGCUGUCAGGCUGUCUAGUCACAGAGGAAGGCUGUGCUUCUCUGGUCUCAGCUCUGAGGUCAAACCCCUCACACCUGAGAGAGCUGGACCUGAGCUACAAUCACCCAGGAGACUCAGGAGUCAGACUGCUCUCUGCUGGACUGGAGGAUCCACACUGCAGACUGGAGAAACUCAAGCUGUCAGGCUGUGGAGUCACAGAGGAAGGCUGUGCUUCUCUGGUCUCAGCUCUGAGGUCAAACCCCUCACACCUGAGAGAGCUGGACCUGAGUAACAAUGACCUGAAGGAUUCAGGAGUGAAGCUGCUCUCUGCUGGACUGGGGAAUCCCCACUGUAAACUGGAGACUCUGAGGCUGUCAGGCUGUCAAGUCACAGAGGAAGGCUGUGCUUCUCUGGUCUCAGCUCUGAGGUCAAAACCCUCACACCUGAGAGAGCUGGAUCUGAGUAACAAUGACCUGAAGGAUUCAGGAGUGAAGCUGCUCUCUGCUGGACUGGGGAAUCCCCACUGUAAACUGGAGACUCUGAGGCUGUCAGGCUGUCUAGUCACAGAGGAAGGCUGUGCUUCUCUGGUCUCAGCUCUGAGGUCAAACCCCUCACACCUGAGAGAGCUGGACCUGAGCUACAAUCACCCAGGAGACUCAGGAGUCAGACUGCUCUCUGCUGGACUGGAGGAUCCACACUGCAGACUGGAGAAACUCAAGUAUGUAGAGGGUUUAUGUCAAUGUUCAUAUCAGACAUGUUGGACUUAUCAGGCUGGUUAAGACAAACAUUCUAAC